AAGAGGUUUAUAUCCCUUAACUUUUGUAAUAUAUUUAUCAUGCUUUCUAGAAGUAUACCUUCUAUGAGAAGCUGUGCCCGUCCAGCUGUGGUGCGUCAGCUCUCACAGUCCACGCGCUUGCAACAACUCCCAUCUUCUGGAAAUAUGAAGAGUGAAGAACAAUGGAUUGCAUCUGACAAUAAUAACCAAUCAUCCACAAACAAGUCUAGUUCUAAUUCUGCCAUAAACAAGGUUGUUCAAUCUGCCAGAAUCUUGCUGGACUCUGCCCUGAGAGAACCUCCAUUACAUGUUGUGACCAAGUACAUGAGAAAGUUUGAAGCAGGAACUACAUAUGAUCCAUUUGACUUUUCUCUUACCAAACUUGGUAUGGAACAACGUGCUUAUAAACAAAAAAUGACCACAAAGUCUGAUCCUUUUGAAGCAUCUGGCAUUAAUCCUUUGGAUUUGUAUACUAUGCCUGAAAUUUUAUCUAAAUUUCUUACUUCUACUGGUCAAAUUUUACCAAGAGACGUAACUGGUUGUUCAUCAUCAAACCAAAAGAAGUUGGGGAUUGCUAUCAAGAGAUCUAGAGCUUGUGGUUUAUUGUCCAGUGUUCAUAAGCAUUCUAGAUACUUACCAUCAAGAAACAUUUAA